GAAACAAAAUCUCGCCCCCUCAGGCUCCAGCUCGUCUCUCGCAUUUCCCGCUUUGCUUCCACCUCUUUCCCCGCCUCGCCUGCCUCUUCGCCGCCUCUCCCCUUCUCUCCUAGGUUUAGGGUUUCCCCGGCGGCGACUGGAGUCAAGGCUGUAAGCCUGUUACACGUCGUGACUGGCGACGCCGGUUCCUCUCGGGAUGGCGGAGGUGUGGAUCUAUUUGCCAUGGGCCGGGCCGGUGAAUUAGGUUCGGUGUCAUGUGCCGAUAUCUGGUUUUGGUUUUGUGGGCGGAUCGGUUUUGGAUCUAGGUUUUCCUUGUUGGUGAAGUUUCGCGUUUUUUUUGUUAUCGAAGCCAAGUCACUACAGUAUAACGCGGGGCGUUUCCUUCAAAGCUGUCGAUUGUACGGAGAUGGAAAUGGCCCCUGAAUUAUUGUAUGGACAAAAUGUAUAUGUUCCAACUGCUGUAAAUUCCUAUACAUAUGGUUAUGCAGAAGUUGGAUCACCUAUGGAUUGGUAUAACCAUCAGAACUCUCUAGGGUAUGAUGCUCAAGAUGUUUAUUUUCCGGCUUUCCAGACUGACGGCACACAGUGUGUUUACUAUGCUACCCCUGACAAUGGAUCAGUUCAUCCUUCCUACAGCCCUUACCCUAUGGAUCCUGGUUACAUAGUUGAUGGAUCUUAUCUGCCACAAGAAUAUGUCCCUGACACUGACCCUACAUGCCAAGUAGUUCCCUCAUCUUAUUACAUUCCAUCUGUUCUUCCUUAUGCAGUCGAUAGUGUCCUAGGAAUCACUGCCACAUCUCUCCACCCAUCUAGUGUUGCAUUCAUUCCAAGCAUGCCAGCUUAUGCUGUAACAUCCACAAAUCAUGUGUUACCUUUGAUGGCUCUUGUUGCCCCGAAAAAUGAUGUUGUCGUGAAUCCGCCUGUACAAUCAACAAUUGUCUCUUCAAAGCAGUUUCAGAAUCACUCAAUGAUGCCAAUUGUUCAGUUGCAUAACUCACUUCCAAUGAAGCAAGAGCUGGGAAAUGGGUCCAUGGUGCCUGUUAAACCUCUUCAUACCCCACAGGCACCUACAAAUGUGCUUGACAGUCCAAUGGCUGCUGCCAAGCAUUCACCAAAGGCAAAAUUAUCUGGAAAUGAUUGUUUUGCGUGUGUCGGAUCUGAUCCUCAGAAGUGGGCUUCAGCUGAGAAAUUUCAGCCUACUUCGAAGUCGAGUGGUCAACUAAAGGCACAUGGCUCUAGUAAUGCGGAGAAACAUAGCGGCCAAAGGUCACCAGCCAUAGUUGCAAAAUCCUACACGUCAAGGCUGAUUGUUGGGAACUCAGAUGGGACAAUCAUUAUAAGACCUGACCAAUACAACGGUAAUGACCUCCGAGUGGACAAUCCCUAUGCAAAGUUCUUCGUUAUCAAGUCAAUUGGUGAGGCGGAUAUCCACAAAUCAAUUAAGUAUGGUGUAUGGUCUAGUUCCUCCAGUGGAAAUAGCAAGCUGGAUUGCGCAUAUAGGGAUGCUGACCGAAUAGCUAAGCGGAAUUCUACAAAGUGUCCAGUUUUUCUGUUCUUUUCUGUGAAUGGUAGCGGGCACUUUUGUGGCUUGGCCGAGAUGGUUGGUCCUGUCGAUUUUCAUAAGGACAUGGACUUCUGGUGCCAGGAUAAAUGGACUGGUUGCUUUCCUGUAAGAUGGCAUAUAAUCAAAGACGUACCUAACUAUACUUUGCAGAAUAUCUUGCUUCAGAAUAAUGAAAAUAAGCCUGUCACACACAGCAGAGAUACCCAAGAGGUCCCAUAUGUUCCUGGAAUAUCUGUGCUCAAGAUCUUGAAGGAUAUCAAAGUGAAGGAGUGCCUAUUUGACGAUUUUAUGAGAUACGAGGAAGAUGAAGCAAGAAUUAAGCAGUGCAGAUGGUCCAAGUUGAGUCACAAUGCUCCAGAUUUUGUGCCUGUCUCACAGCGUAAGAGCGAUGCCUCAGAUCUUCAGAUGCCAAAAUUUGGUGGUGUGCUGAUAGACAGAACAUUGGAGAUACAGAACAUGUCAGAGAAGCCACAUGAUUGUAAUGGCAUCAAACAACAGGAUGCUGUUGAAAAACAAGUUGGUAGUGAGGCUGGGAAAGAAAAUGGGCAUCAAGAAAACCGUUUUUAUGGCAAGCAGGAUAAUGAAAAAGCGCCUAGAUCUUCAACUAGCCAGCCACAAACUUCAACCUUGAAAAUGAGCAUGGAUGGGAAGCAACAAUACUGGAAGAAGGUGGAAAACCCUAAACCGAAUCCUGAUGGUGCUGGACAUGGAUCGUCAAAAUUGCGUGAGAACGGAGUUAAUAUUAGCUCGGCAAUUGUCAGAUUGGAGGCACCUGAAGAUGAUUCAAUUGUUGCGAAAGUUGGUUCUCUUACAAUCAGUUCCAAGACAAGGAAGGCUGAAGAUAAGAGUCCCUUGGUUGAUGUUGUGACCAUUGGCUCGUUGCCAAUCCGGGUCAACAAAUCUGUUGCUUAGUGGGGGCUACCUUUUUGCGUUUCUCUUCCUGGUCCUGCUCCAGUUGUUAUUCCAGCUUUACGGGCGAUGAAAAAGAAAAGACUACUUACAUUCUAGUUUCCUGGUCAAGAGAACAGUUGUUUUAUUUUGGAAAGGAAGGAUGGAACAUGGAAGGACAGUACAAGAUGUAAUUCUCUUUAAAAUUAAAAAAGAAUGAAGAUGAAAGUAAACGGGGAAUCUGCAUUCACUUUUUA